CCCAAAUAUGCAUAGUCUUACGUUGACUCCGAACGAUCCGCACGUGGAUGCUGAGAAUAAUAUACCUUGGCCUAGGAGUCUUCUCGCCUACUGCUAUCUUAGCAUCAAUUAAUCUGGGAUCUAGGAUCGAAAUAUAAGACCGAGAUGAUUGAAUACUCACUGCACGUUCUUUGGCCACAAAUAUCUCGGUCUUGUAACGCUUUUGUUUUGAUAUCUUUGAUUCUUCUCUAUUCCCUUCCCAGAUUACCUCUUCCUAUAGCACAAAAUGAUUUGUUUUGGUAUAGCUGGGCAUGCAAUAAUCCCACGGUGGCUUAGAAACCUCUACACCAGCGCAUGGGAUUCAGACGAUUUGACGGACUGGGACUAUGGCCCAGGUUAUGACCACAGACGCUUAUACUCUCCAUGGAAUGGGAAUGCACUAGCUUCGCAUGACCCGCGAAGUGCGCGAAAUGAUACCAGGAUAUACCUGGAUAAAGAGCCUUCACCCUGUGGAGAAUAUCGACCAAACUCACCCGAUUGUACUGAUAAUGAGAUGCCACAAAUCCCAACCCCAGCAAAUUCUCCGCAGACUCCUGAUUCCGCGUAUCUCGCAUGUGCUCCGGCUAGGCCUCAAACGCCAGCGCUACCGGAGAUACGUAAGGAUCAACCGUUACCAAGGGCGUAUUUCGGCAGGUUGAGACCUAAGAGAAUGGGGGAUACCAGAUACCACUCCACAAGAAGUACGUCUCGCGAGCAGGGACCCUGGAAUUUACCAGUUAUUGAUGAGGCGAUGCUGGUCCUGGACACGUCCCAGUCAUGCAAAUAUGAAGGCGUACUUUUUGGCAGCUCUAUAGAGUCAUCCCUCAUACUUCGUAUUGAAGGUAGGGGCAGAUUUUGUUGCCCCUUAUCCUACUUUAACCGGCAGGAUACGGCUCUGUUACGGUGGAAAUUGGGAUUGCUGUUGCCACAGGAUGAAUGGGCCGAUAUUCGUAAAUAUGGAUUUGUUUGGCAUUAAGAAUCACCAGCUGAUCGUACUCUUGGAUUUUAUGUAUGUACUAGCACCCCAGUCAGGCUUCGUCUAGUCGUUUCGUGUCCUGUAAUAAGAGCUGCUUGUCCAAAAUAAA